UCAGCUUAGUGCGCCUGAAUGUGAGAUCUUACAGAAAACUUCAGAGAGAAAGAAGCAUUCUUGUUUUUCCCCCUGCUGUUUAUAUGCAUAUUACUUGGGAUUAAGAAAGCUCUGGACAAAUGGUUUGAGAAAAAAAAGCAACCUAAGCAGUAUGAACGUCCUGUCUCCAUCUGAGAUGAAGCAGCUUUGGAAGAUGGUCUUUCCGCUCCUUAUCCUCCUUUACUUAAUAGAAGCUGUCAAGUCUCAAGUAAAUCCAGGUGUGUGUCGGUCUCCAUUAGGAAUGUCUGUAGGACAGAUUUUAGAUGAAGACAUCUCAGCUUCCAGUCAGUGGUCUGACUCCACAGCAGCAAAAUAUGGCAGAUUGGACUGUGAGGAGGGAGAUGGUGCAUGGUGUCCUGAAAUCCCAGGAGAACCAGAGAAUAUGAAAGAGUUCCUGCAGAUUGAUCUCCGUUCUCUGCACUUUAUCACUUUGGUGGGCACUCAGGGUCGUCACGCAGGAGGCAUCGGUAAUGAGUUUGCUCAGACGUACAAGAUCAAAUACAGCCGUGAUGGCAGCCGCUGGAUCUCCUGGCGGAACAGGCAGGGCAAACAGGAGAUUGAGGGGAACAGGAAUGCCUAUGACAUUGUGCUAAAGGACUUGGAGCCGCCCAUCAUCGCACGGUUUGUCCGCUUCAUGCCCAUUAUCGAUCAUUCCAUGAACGUUUGCAUGCGUGUGGAACUGUACGGCUGUGAGUGGCUUGAUGGCUUGGUUUCAUAUAAUGCUCCACUUGGCCAGCAGAUGACUCUCAAUGGACAGUAUAUUUAUCUCAAUGAUUCUGUGUAUGACGGAGCCAUGAGUUACAGUAUGACAGAAGGUCUUGGACAACUGACGGAUGGCAUGUGUGGCCUAGAUGACUUCUCACAUAGUCAUGUGUACAAUGUUUGGCCUGGUUAUGACUAUGUUGGCUGGGCCAACGAGAGCUUUCCUAAUGGUUAUGUUGAGAUCAUGUUUGAGUUUGACCGCACCCGUAACUUCACCACAAUGAAGGUACAUUGCAACAACAUGUUCUCUCGAAGGGUGAAGACCUUCCAGAAGGUGGUGUGUUAUUUCCGCUCUGAGUCAGACUGGGAAGCCACGCCAAUUUCAUUCAGCCCUGUGAUGGACGAUGUCAACCCUAGUGCCCACUUUGUCACUGUCUCACUUUACAAUAAUAUGGCCAGUGCUAUUAAGUGCCAAUACUACUUUUCCGAUAUUUGGAUGAUGUUCAGUGAAAUCACCUUCCAGUCAGAUACAGCAAUGUAUAAUACAACCCUUGCUCCCCCCAAGACCGGUCCUCCCACCAGCAUCCAGCCAGGGGAUGACCCCACUCACAAAGUAGAUGACAGCAACACCCGGAUUCUGAUUGGCUGCUUGGUUGCCAUCAUCUUCAUCUUAGUGGCCAUUAUUGUUAUUAUACUAUGGAGACAAGUGUGGCAAAAGAUGCUUGAGAAGGUGUCUCGGAGGAUGCUGGAUGAUGAACUAACUGCUAGUCUGUCAAUACAGAGUGAGACCUUCACCUAUAACAACAACAGCCCCUCCUCAGUGCCCAGCGAGCAGGAAUCCAGCUCCACCUAUGAACGCAUCUUCCCACUGGGAACCGACUACCAAGAGCCAUCCCGCCUCGUCCGCAAACUGCCUGAGUUCUCUCAAACUUCAGAGGAUGCUUCAUCUACAAGUACAGCUUCCAAGUCUGCUCAAGCAAGUGCACAAGAGGGUGCUCCACAUUACGCUGAGGCAGAUAUUGUCAACCUGCAAGGUGUGACUGGGGGCAACCUGUACGCUGUGCCUGCCCUCACCAUGGACUUGUUGUCAGGGAAAGAUGUUGCUGUGGAAGAGUUUCCACGGAAACUGCUUACCUUUAAAGAAAAGCUUGGAGAAGGACAGUUUGGAGAGGUGCAUCUGUGUGAAGCAGAAGGCAUGAAAGACUUCAUGGAUGAGGACUUCUCCUUCGAUGUCAUCGAAAACCAAACAGUGCUUGUUGCUGUUAAGAUGCUUCGAGCAGAUGCAAAUAAAAAUGCUAGGAAUGAUUUCUUGAAGGAAAUAAAGAUCAUGUCACGGUUGAAAGACCCCAACAUUAUCCGGCUCCUGGCAGUGUGUAUGAGCUCUGACCCUCUGUGUAUGAUCACUGAGUACAUGGAGAAUGGAGACCUUAAUCAGUUCCUGUCUCGCCAUGAGCCCGAGGGCAUGAUUGCUCUUCUCAGCAAUGCUCCAACAGUCAGCUGUAGUAACCUACACCACAUGGCCUCACAGAUUGCUUCAGGCAUGAAGUACCUCUCCUCUCUCAACUUUGUGCAUCGGGACUUGGCCACCCGCAACUGCUUAGUGGGGAAGAACUACACUAUCAAGAUUGCAGAUUUUGGCAUGAGUAGGAACCUGUACAGUGGAGACUAUUACCGCAUCCAGGGCAGAGCUGUGCUGCCCAUCCGCUGGAUGUCCUGGGAGAGCAUUCUUCUGGGGAAAUUCACCACAUCCAGUGAUGUCUGGGCUUUUGGAGUGACCCUUUGGGAGAUGCUUACCUUCUGUAAAGAGCAGCCUUAUUCACAGCUAUCAGACGAGCAGGUCAUUGAAAAUACAGGGGAGUUCUUUCGGGAUCAAAGGAGACAGAUAUACCUGCCCCAGCCUCCAAUGUGUCCUGACUCCAUCUACAAGCUCAUGUUAAGCUGCUGGCACAGGAACACCAAAGAACGCCCAUCAUUCCAGGAGAUUCAUUGUACCCUACUGGAGUGCAAGCCAUAGUGUCAUCUUAUUUUCCAACCUUGGCACCUUCAGAGACAUUUCAGUGCGUCCAAAGGACUCCAAUCAAUCAUACACUACAACAGGCACUUAUAUAGACAGAGAGAGAAGAAUCCAUCAUUCUUCUGUAGCAAUUUUUACUGUGAGUGUGCAAAGGCAAACUGAUAUAUAUUGUCAAAUUGAAUAAUGCAGUUUUUUACCCCCCUUAACUAAGUGUAUUUGGCUGGCAUACAAUAACUGGGCAGCACUAAUAAAUGGCAGCACUAAGGUCAAAAUAAAUGUAGCAAUGAAUUUAGGCACCUUUAGAUUUUACACGCUGUGCAUUUUCUCCAAAUUACUCUAUUCUAUCUAGAAUAUCUAAAGUUAUAAACAAACUGGCAUUGGAAAAUGAUUUGCCUUUUGUGAUUAACAUUUCCAUGUUAAUGUUGUUUUCAGUAUUUUGGGGCCGAAGACAGCUUGAAUGUAAAUAAGAAUGCAUUUUAAUUGAAAUUCAGAUUCAGCUUUGGUUUUAUCUUGAUGUCUCAAUGUUUGUGCAUAUGUUCAUCUCAUUUAUUAAGAAGUAUUUAAAAAACAUUAUAAUAAUUUUUUUUAAUAUUAUUAUCCUAGAGUAAGCUAAAACACACUUUCUAGUAGAAUAACAUUUUUGUUUUUUUAAUUUUAAGUGCACUAAUAUGGUUUUCACACAAUUUCAAAAUCAACAUUUGAAAAAGCAAAUCUAAAAUUAUGCAAAUGUUUCCAUAGGUCAAGGAAUUUUAAUAAUAAUAAUGAUAUCCUGAAACUACUUACAUAUAGUGUUAAUAUUUAAAUGUAUUACAUUACAAAAGUGUUUGUGCUUUUCCUCGUGUUAUUCACUAGAAUCUUCCUAUGGUGGUUAUUUAAGACUUGUAAAGGUGAAACUGAUCAUCUUAUUCUUUGCUCAAACCAACUUUUGCAUCAUGUCAUGAUAAUAGCUGAAAUUUUAGUAUUCUCAUUUUUGUAAAUCAACUUUGAAUUUCCAUAACUUUUACAGAAAUCACUGACAUUACACAAGUUACUUGCAUGAAGUUGGAUGAAAUCCAAUAGUAACAUUACUUUGUACUAAUCUCACAUUUUUCAUUGUUUGUCCUGUCAAAUGUCUUCAUUUUUUUUCUUUCUGGGUAUUUUUAUCAAACAGGGAACACUAUUUAUGCACAUUGAUUAUCAUCAUUUUAAUGUUGAGUAUCAAUAGAACAAUUGAAAAUAAGCUUUACUAAAGUGGUUUUGUCUUAUUUUAUAUAAAUGUAUAUUCAUUCUAGGUUGUGCUGAAUUGCUAAAAAUUUGGUUGGAGGAAUACUGGAUUUGUAUUGAACAGAUGCACUACGAUGGUUUACUGUACGUUGGGAUGUGAAAUGUGCUGCAAAUUGGACACUCAAAUUGAAUUUGUUAUUAAUUUGUACACUCGGAAAUCAUUUUUGAAAGGUCACUGUACAUGACUAUAAUAUUUAACAUUUGCACACCUUUUGUUUUCGGUUGCGAUCUACCAAACCAUAAGAAGUUAUUUGGAUCUGGAUUUAAAGGUCUAUGGAAUUAUGUAUGGCUGUAUUUUAACAUUCUUGACAUGACUGUUGAAGUUGCAUUUUACAUAGGUCUUUGCUUCAUUUCUGCACAGUUUAAUGCCAGAAAUGUGCCGGGUUUCUAAUCAAGUUUAUGUGAAGGUCUCACUAAUCAAUUAACCUUACAAUGGCAUAAAACAGGCCUAGGUAAUGAGUUGUUUACAAAAACCUGCAAAUAUUCCACAUUCUUCUUUUUAAAAAAAAAAAAAAAAAAGAUCCCGUAAAGAGUGGAAAUAAACUUCUAUUAUAGCCUAGUAAGCCUACUUUUGUGUACAUUGAAAAUGUCAUACUGAAGUGAAUGGGAAAACUGGAUGUUUUUUUUUUCAUAGCAAAAUACCCUGCAAUGUUUUAAUUAAUCCUUGGAAUACUCUCUUUGUCACCUCUCUAACUUGUGCAUUCUUGCAUUAUUCCUUUCAUAGACAUCAUGAUUUUCAAUUAAACUGUAAAUGUUUGGGAACUGUACAUAUGAUAGUAAAUUGUCAAGUCUAACAGUUGUUUCCUGGACAUUUUAUAAUUAUAAAAGCACACAUUUCAUAAUGACAGAAGCCUAGGUGACUGUAUCUGUCAGAUAAAGAAAGUGAUGACUAAAUUUGACAUUUGUGUACAUCUUAGAUUACACAUUUUAACAUUGUGUGUACUCAGAAGUGGAAAUAAAACUGAUUUUAAA